AUGAAUCGACAGUACCAACGCGAAGAAAUUCAGCGCAUGCUCCAGCGUUGGCAGCAGCUACGCCAGCAGUUUGGUGAUCGUGCCGUCAACGUGCCGGAAUUUGCCCAUUUGAGCAAGGUUCUCAAAGCCAUACAACAACAACAGCAGCAACAGCAGCAGCAAAAUAAACCCAAUUCCGGGGCCAAUCAAUAUAUGCAGCAGGCUCAGCAGACCGGUACCCCUAUGGGAAACACAAAUGUGCCUAUGAAUUCAGCAAAUAUGGCUCCUCGUCCUCAGCAAGGAAAUGGGUCGGCGCAGACCAUGAACGGUGCGAAUGCCCGAUAUAUGGGAAACAAUAUGAUGAACAUGGCCUCACCGGUUUCCCAGUCUUCGCAACAACAGUCUCCAGUAAUGAAUAACAUGCCUCCACAGACACAGCAGCAGCUUCAACAACAACAACAAAGACAACGGUUUGCAGCAGCUCCACCAGGUACUAACGUAGGCACUCCCAUGUCUACCUCACAACACUCAACUCCUCAAAUGCAACAGAAUCCUGUCAUGGGCAAUAGAAACCACAUGCAGCAGGGAGGAAUGCAGCUAAACAAAACUACAAACCAGAACCAACAAGCUUCCGCGGGACAACAACCUUUCCCAGUGCCAGGCGCAACUGCUGCACAAUCUGCCUUUUCGGCUCAGCAAUUCCAGUUGCUCAAGUCGCAGUAUCAGGCUUUGAAGUACUUGCUCAAAGCACCUGCUCCAGGCAGCCCGCCAAUUCCCCAAAACCUCGUGGAAAUCGUGUGCUCCGACAGACUUGCAUUCGCCCAAAACUCUUACCUUCCAGCGGCUAACGUGCCUUCUGAUAGCCCGGUAGCUGGUGCGGAAAAUGAUGUUAGACUAGCAAGAAACCUGGGCAUGGCUGCUAACGUGAGAAACCCUUCCAUACCGCAACAGGAACAUCAGCUUUCAGGAAUGCCACCAACAAACCACUCAGCAAUGCUAGGAAACGCACCAACGGCCAACCAGAUGAGUCCUCACUUAAUGAACCCACAAGCUGCCCAAUUGCAACAGCAGGCUCAAGUACAGGCUAACCUCCGCCAGGCGGCUCCACAAGAACUGCUUUUGUCACAGGCGGCUGCACAAGCAGCAGCACCAACAAGCGCAGGUCUUGCUGACUCUAAUCCAGUUGUUGGCGCCGCCCCACAUUUGCAAGCCAGCCAACUUCAGCGUCAAUCCGUGCACACAACUGCUUCUCCCCUUACUAGUUUCGAACCUUACGACCAGAAAUCUAAUGCCAGCACACCAGCAAUUGCACCUACGACAAGUUUACAACAGCAAGAAAGUCAGCUUAAAAAUGUGCAACAGUCAGCAUUUGUUACCCUCUCACCAAAACCACCAGUGUACAUUGAUGACCUUGAUGUGCCAAAGAAAGACAAGGAUAAUGUUGUUGUACCUAUCCUGAAGCCGGAAAUUCAGGUCGAUGCGUUUGAAGUACCUCAAUUAAUCGACACGAAAGAUAUACCGUUCAAAUCAUUAUAUUCGCUGCAGAGUAAAGUGCUGUUCCCAGCACUCAUGCCAACCAGCUUCGACCCCGAUUCGAUUGCCGCGAAUAGAGAGGCGCUGAUUCUCCUAUUGAUAGACGCUGAGUUAACUCGUUUGAAUAUGAAAUUAGAGUCUGCCGAUGAAGACCAGAAGGCUGCGAUCGAAGCUGAGAUUUACAAACUUGAACUUUUACCGUUCCAGAAAGAAUUGCGUGGAAAGAUAUUAUCUCACGUUUGGUUCAGUAAGUCUCUUCUUCCCAAUUCACACCCCAAUGUGCUUGCAAAGUGCUCGCACCUUAAUUCCGAAAAUGCUCAAAUGACUCAAAACAUGUACAAGAGGCAGCUUUACUCGCUUGCCCAAGCCCAGAACCGCAAGCUUCGUGUCACAUUGAAUGAAAUUAUUGCACAUCAAUCAAAGAAGCGUGAUAGGUUGUUUGCCAAGAGAGACAAAAGAGCGAAGAUUUGCAGCAAGAUUGAUAGUUUCCACAGUCAGAUCGCGAGAGAAGAGCAGAAGAAGCUCGAACGUAUGGCCAAGCAACGUUUACAAGCCUUGAAACUGAACGAUGAGGAAGCAUACUUGAAAUUGCUCGACCAUACUAAAGAUACCAGAAUUACGCAUUUGUUGAAACAGACAAAUCAAUUUUUGGAUACGUUGGCCCAAGCCGUUCAAGCGCAGCAGCGCGACUCUGGUAAGGUUGAUGAACCUAUAAACGACGAAAAGAGAGAAAAGAUUGAUUACUACAACGUUGCUCACAGAAUUAAGGAAGAUGUCACAAAACAGCCAUCCAUUCUGUAG